UUCCACCAUUAUAAAACUGUUCUCACCUAAAUUAUAAUCACAUGUUUCAUUGUGAAUGAUAUUUUUGAUUAUGAAGCAGAAUUUAAUAUAUAAUGUAGUCCAAUUUGAUCAAAUUCUCUAACUUUUGAAUGCAGUUGUUUUUUGCGUGUUGUGUGAGACGCAGAUUUUUUGAAAUGUUGAAUUUUACGAUUUACCGCAAAAUUUGGUGUUAUUAUCCAGUGAAGAAGUAAUUCAAGUAUUGAACAAAAUAUACAAAAAAAAAUACUUGCAAUGAAUGCGGACGACUAUGAAUCUUUACCCACAACAAGCGUGGCAAUUAAUAUGACAGCUGGAGCAAUGGCAGGUGUCUUGGAACAUUUCAUCGUAUAUCCAUUAGAUUCAAUAAAGACAAGAAUGCAAAGUUUGUCACCAGCCACAUCAAACUACAGUAUAUCUAAGACGUUUACGAAUAUGAUCAAAAAAGAAGGCAUUUUAAGGCCGAUACGUGGUGUUAGUGCUGUUGUUAUUGGUGCUGGUCCUGCUCAUGCGUUGUAUUUCGGUUCUUAUGAGCUAACAAAGGAAUUAUUAACUAAAUUUACUACCAAUAAUCAUUUGAAUUAUAUGCUAUCGGGUGCUGCGGCAACACUGAUACAUGAUGCUGUUUCGAAUCCUAUUGAAGUAGUCAAGCAACGCUUGCAAAUGUAUAAUUCACCGUAUCGAUCUGUCCUGGCAUGCAUGCGGGACGUUUAUAAAAAUGAAGGUAUUAAAGCAUUUUACCGGUCGUAUUCCACGCAACUGAUUAUGAAUAUACCAUAUCAAACAAUACAUUUUACUACGUACGAAUUUUUCCAAAAUAUGCUCAAUCAUGAAAGAAGGUACAAUGCUCCGGUACAUAUGGUAGCGGGAGGAGCAGCCGGUGCUUGUGCAGCUGCAAUGACAACACCUUUGGAUGUUGUUAAAACACUAUUGAAUACUCAAGAAAACGGUUAUACGAAGGGCAUGAUGGAGGCAAUUAAACAGAUUUAUGCAGUAGCUGGGGUCAAUGGUUUUUUUAAAGGUAUGGCAGCUAGAGUUCUAUAUUCAAUGCCAGCUACAGCUAUUUGCUGGUCAACAUAUGAAUUUUUGAAAUUUUAUUUAUGUGGAGUGAAACGAGAAGAUUACAAAUCGUCAAUUACUGGUAAAAAUAUGCUGCAACCACGAGACACCUCAGCAGAGUUUGACAAUGAAGGCGCAUACGUUCUGCCAACAACAUCAACAUCAGGUUCAACUACACCUUUAUCUAAUGAAACUGCAAAAAAUACUGAAACGACACAACAGUCAACAUCUACGACAUCACAGACACAAAAUAUUCCCACUGGAUCUAUAAAAACAGUAUGUGAACUUACGACCAGUGUAACGUCACCUACUUUAAACCUGCAUACGCGACACAGCGAAGUUAAGAGCCCCUUUGAUAGAGGCUUCUCAAAUUCAUAAUUUCAAUCACCGCAACGUACAAAAUUAGGAAAGACAAAUUAAUCAGUUAAGAGCAAAUCCAACUGUUCAGUAUAUACAAAAAUUUUAUAUGAAAAAGCAGUCAUCGGCUAUAAAUACUCAAUAUUGUUAAUUGUCCUUUAAAAGAAUAGUACCGACGACAACAUAGUUGUGCACAAAUAUAUUUUUGUCUUCUCUUUAAAAAUGGUAUAUUUUUUUUAAAUAAAAA